CAGUAAAUUCAAUGACGAAGAUGGGUUAACCAGUUGAACUUGAGUGAGUUCACAUCACUCUACCAACAACAAUUCUUCCUUCAAAAAAUUCAGAAAAAAAUCACCCCAAAUUUGCAUUUCUUUUCCAAUUACACUAAGUGUAAAAAAGAUAACACCUUUAUAAAUUAUAAUCAGAGAAGAGAAAGAAAAAGAGGAGAGAGAAAAAAAAUGGCAGCCCCAGAAAAGCCAUGGAAAGCAGAAUAUGCGAAAUCAGCGAGAGCAGCUUGUAGAACUUGCAAGGACAACAUUGGCAAAGAAAUUCUUCGUUUUGGGAAAAUGGUUCAAUCUUCUCAUUUUGAUGGUUUCAUGCCUAUGUGGCAUCAUGCCACCUGCAUAAUGAAGAAAGCAAAUCAAAUAAAAUCCAUUGAUGAAAUAGAAGGCGUUGAAUCACUUAGAUGGGAAGAUCAGCAGAAAAUAAGAAAAUAUAUAGAUGGUAAUGGAGUGGUUAGUGACGCUGGUGCUGCUACUCGUGCUCCUGCAGCAUAUGGUAUUGAAGUGUCCCAAACAUCUCGUGCUGCAUGCAAGCGCUGCAGCCAAAAGAUAAUCAAAGGAGAGGUUCGAAUAUCUGCCAAGAUUGAUGGUAAAGCUACUAAAGGUUUGUCAUGGUAUCAUGCUGCUUGUUAUCUGGAGUCAUUUCCUUCCACCUUGCUGGACAGCUUAUCUGGAUGGCAGAGCCUUUCAUCUGAUGAUCAAGCUUCUCUUCAAGCUACGACUAAAGGAAAAGCUCCUUCUGCAGAAACCGGUCAAACUGGUGCUGGAAAAUCAUCAAAAGAGCCAAAAGCUAGAGAUGGUGUUAAGCGUAAAAGUGCUGGUGAAAGUGAUCAGCAUGCCAAAAUUGUGAAAACUGAAUCUGAUAUGAUUAUGCGUAAAUGUGACAGUGGGGAAGCUGCUUUGGAAACUAAAUUAGAGGCCCAGGCCAGAGCAUUAUGGGAUCUGAAAGAUAAUCUUAAGAAACAUGUUUCGAAUGUGGAGCUGCGACAAAUGCUUGAAGCCAAUGACCAAAGUACAUCUGGUUCAGAGCUUGUCUUACGGGAUCGUUGUGCUGAUGGCAUGAUGUUCGGAGCGCUCAAAAGCUGUCCUAUGUGUUCUGGUCAUCUUUCCUAUUCAGGAAGCACGUAUAAGUGCCAUGGCUUUAUCUCAGAGUGGAGCAAAUGUUCUUACUCUACUACUCAGCCUGAAAGAAUUAAAGGGAAGUGGAAAAUCCCGGAAGAGUCAGAUAAUCAAUAUCUUGUCAAGUGGUUCAAGUCACAAAAAGCAGCUAAACCUGUUAGGAUACUUCCGCCUUCCACUCCCAACACAUCUGCUGGGAAUCAAACUGCUAAAGAGCAACUGAAGUCUUCUAAAGAUGAAAAGUUGGGGGAUCUUAGAGUUGCUAUUACUGGAUUACCUAAAGAAACUGUGGAGGAGUUUCGAAGCAAAAUCGAAGGGGCAGGAGGCCAGGUUCAUGCAAAAAUCAAGAAAGAUACGAAUUGCUUGGUUGUGGGUGGCGGACUGAGUGAUCAAAAUUCUGAAUUGAAGAAGGCAAGGAGGAUGAAGAUCCCAGUUGUUAGGGAAGAGUAUCUGGCCAAUUGUAUCCAAAAGCAGAAGAUACUGACUGAUACAAUGACUGUGGAGUCAUCUAGCUUGGUUACUGUCAAAGUUAAAGGGCGUAGUGCUGUACAUGAAGCUUCUGGCCUGCAAGAUUCUGGACACAUUCUGGAGGAAGGACCCAGCAUCUAUAACACUACGUUAAGCCUGUCUGACCUGUCAUCCGGUAUAAACAGUUAUUAUAUACUUCAAAUCAUACAAGAUGAUAAGAGUUCAGAGUGCUAUGUUUUCCGGAAGUGGGGUCGAGUUGGCAAUGGAGGUAACAAAAUUGAGGAGAUGUCAAAAUCAGAUGCUAUUCAAGAAUUCAAACGUCUAUUUCUGGAGAAAACUGGGAAUCCUUGGGAAGCUUGGGUCCAUAAACAGAAUUUCCAGAAGCAUCCUGGCCGAUUUUUUCCAUUGGACAUUGAUUAUGGGGUGAGUAAGCAGGCCCCAAAGAAAAAUAUAGACGAUAAGAAUAGCACACUAGCCCCUGCCUUAAAAGAUUUGAUUAAGAUGCUCUUCAAUGUUGAAACUUACAGAGCUGCCAUGAUGGAGUUUGAGAUCAACUUGUCUGAGAUGCCUCUUGGGAAAUUGAGCAAGAGCAAUAUCCAAAAAGGUUUCGAGGCCUUGACGCAGAUACAAAAUUUGUUGGAAAAUACGGCCCUUCAAACUACUGCUAAGGAAAGCUUGAUUAUUGAUGCCAGCAAUCGUUUUUUCACUGUGAUACCUUCUAUCCAUCCCCAUGUAAUUAGAGAUGAGGAUGAUUUCAAGUCUAAGGUCAAAAUGCUAGAAGCACUCCAGGACAUUGAAAUAGCUUCCAGAUUGGUGGGUUUUGACGUGGAUAGUGAUGAUCCUCUUGAUGCAAAGUAUAAGAAACUACGCUGUGAUAUGGCACCCCUACCACAUGAUAGUGAAGAUUAUCAAUUGAUUGAGAAGUAUCUUCUCACCACUCAUGCCCCCACACAUACGGACUGGAGACUUGAACUGGAAGAAGUUUUCUCACUCGAGAGGGAAGGAGAACAUGAUAAAUUUGCUUCUCAGCGUGAGAAGCUUGGCAAUAGAAUGCUCCUGUGGCAUGGUUCCCGAUUGACAAAUUUUGUGGGUAUCCUUAGCCAAGGACUCAGAAUUGCUCCUCCUGAGGCUCCUGCUACCGGGUACAUGUUUGGCAAAGGGGUUUACUUUGCUGAUCUUGUCAGCAAGAGUGCACAAUAUUGCUACACUGACCGUAAAAAUCCUGUGGGCUUGAUGCUAUUGAGUGAAGUUGCUCUUGGGCAAGUCCAUGAGCUCAAAAAGGCACAGUACAUGGAAAAACCUCCAAGAGGAAAACACUCCACCAAAGGACUUGGCAAGAAGGUACCUGCUGAGGCAGGGUUUGCAAAAUGGAAGGAUGAAGUAGUUGUGCCUUGCGGGAAACCGGUAGAUUCCAAAGUAAAAUCAUCAGAGCUCAUGUAUAACGAGUACAUUGUCUAUGACACAGCUCAAGUUAAAAUGCAGUUCUUGCUGAAGGUAAGGUUUCACUACAAGAGGUAACAAGCUGCCGGACGACGGACUCGUUGCAGCUCUGUACAGUGUUUUAGUUUUUUCGUUGUCGUGACGCUUAAGAGAUCUCAUUUUGGGGGUUGGUGGAGAUCUUCGUAAUCGUCCGUGUAUAUUUGUUUUUCUAUUGAACCCUUAGCAACUACUAGAUGUAUCAACAUGAUGGAUAUCUCAAAUCUUAUUCUAGUUUUUGCCUAUUUUGUGACA